AUGAGUAUAUAUCAUUUUUAUAAUAAUAUUCUACCGAGCAAAUCAAUAAGAACGGCUAUAUGUACUAAUAUAAAAGGAAAUAAUAAAAAAUAUUUAUUGUAUGCUUGUAACAAUUAUUUAAAUGUGUGUUAUGUUGACAAAAAUGGAUAUACAGAUGAUUAUAGUAAGCAUGUUUUAUUCUCUGAAGUUUUAGAAUUAAGAGAAUAUAUACCGGAGAAAUUAAUUGAUGAAGGACAAAAAGAAAAUAUUAAAUCUUAUGUAUUUUUAUUAACAAAAAAAUAUAUCUUAUUAUUAUUAGAAUUUGAUUUAAAAUUAAAUGAUUUUGUUACAUUAUCUCAAAUAAACUUAUACGAAAUAAAUGGAUUACAUAUAGAAGAAGAUAUAACAUUUAUGUUAGACAAAAGGAAUAGAACAAUUUUAUUUUAUGGUUAUAAAAGUAUUUUGAAAUAUAUUUAUUUAGAUUAUGAUGAUUAUUUUAAUUUAAACCAUUUAUAUACUUUAAGGUUAGAUGAAGGAUUGAUAAUAGACAUAAUUUUUUUAAAUAAUUAUGAAGAUAAUGAAAAAGAAAGUUUUCUUGAUAUAAACAAUAGUAAAAAUAAUGUGGAUGAAAUUAUUUGCAACCAUAAUAAAAAAGAAAAAGAAUAUGUAGAUGAAAAAGAAAAUAGCAAAAAAAAGAAAAAAAAACUAUAUUAUACUAAUUCAGAUAAUGAAAAUAAUAAAAAAAAAGGGCAUAAUAAAAAAGGAAUGAUAAAUGAUAAUACUACUAAUAAUAACACAUAUGAUUUUACAAAGAAUAAAGAAAAUUUAGAAAAAAUAGAAUUUGUUAAUGAUAAAGAGUAUAUGGAAAUAUCUCAUAAAAAUGAUAUUAUUAGUGAAUCGUUAAAAAAAGACAAAUUAGUAAAAUUAUUUUCUUCUGAUGAUAAUGAAGAAAAAAAAAACAGAGAAAACAACAGUAGUGUUUUUUGUGAUCCUUUAAAAAGUAGUAAUAAGUAUAAUGAAAUUAUCAAUGCUGAUAAUUAUCAUUUUAAUUCAAAAAAAAAUAGAAAAUCUAUCAAUUCAGUAAUAUGUAUAUUAUUUGAUGCAAAAAAAAAAGAUUCUUAUACAUAUGAAAGAUAUAUUAGAGUUAUACCAUUAUAUUCUCUUAACGAUAAAAAACAAGGAAAUAAUUUUUACGAAAGUAAUGAAAUAGUAAAUCAGUAUGGAAAUAGAUCAUUAGACGACUCUUUAGAAGAAAAGUCAUAUAUUUUACAUAUAUAUUUUAAACCAAUGAUAGUGGAUUCAAGUAUAAAUAAAUUGUUAAGUUUUGCUAAAAACAGAAUAUUAUUAAUAGGAUUUCAAUUUAUAAACUAUAUAAACUUAGAAAAUGAAAAAGAUAAAAAUUUUUUUUUAAGUUCUGAAUUAAGAACCAUUAGAUGUGUUGAAAAAAUAAAUAUAAAUAAAUUUAUUUUGGCAGAUGAUUAUGGUGAUUUAUUCAUAUUAACAUGUUUAUGUAAAUCAAAAUCAUCAUCCUAUAAAUUGAGAAAUGAAUCUAGUUCAAAUAUUAAUUCCAUCAAUUUACAAUUUAUUGGAACAUGUUCUAGAUCUAAUGUAAUUGUCUCAAUUUAUUCUGAUAUUUUAUUUUUAGGAUCACAAGUAAGUGAUAGUUAUUUAUUACGGAUGCAUAAUUAUCCAAUAUAUGAUUAUGAUGAUUAUAAACCAAUAGAACAUUCUUCCCAUAACCCAUUAAAUAGUUCUCAUAUAUUACCAAAUGAAAAAAAUUGUGAUAAUUUAACUACAGAUGAUUCUAACGAUUUUAAUAACAAUGAUACUUUACAUCAUUUUAAAAGUGAAGCAAAAAUUUUUCAUAACAAUAUGAAGAAUGUAUGUAAUAAUAAUAAUAAUUAUAAUGAAUAUGGUAGAAUUGAUGGAAAUUAUAAGAAUAAUUUUUAUAAUUGUAAAAAUAAAAAUGAUUAUGGAAAAGAUACUAAUAAUUGUUAUAACAAAUGUAAUAACGCAUGUAAUAUGAAAAAUAUAAAUUCUGUUGAUCAUAUUAAUGAUAUUGCUAGUGUUAAUUACAACGAAAAUAUUAGUUAUGAUAAAAAUAUGUCUAAUAAUAAUUUGUAUAACAACAAUAGAAAAGAAAAUAUUAAUUAUUCUACAGGUGGUUAUUAUAUGAAUAAAUAUGCAAGCGAAACUAUGUACAGUGAUUGUUAUUCAGAAGAUAAUCAAUUGAAUAAAAAGGAAUGUUUAGUUAUAGAUAAGGUAGAAGGAGAAUCUUUUAAUAAAAACUAUUGUUCAAAGAAAAAAAUAAAAAAAAGAAAAUUUUACAUCGAAAUUCUAUCAGUAAUACAGAAUAUGGGUCCUAUUUUAGAUUUUUGUAUUAUCAAAAAUAAAAAUGAUGAAAAAGAAAUAAUAACAUGUAAUAGUUAUGGAAGAACUGGUUGCAUAUCAAUUAUUCAGAAUGGAUUAAAAACAAAUAUAAUCUCUAAAUUAAAUUUGAACAAAAUAACAAAUUUUUUUGUUGUCAAAUAUGUUAUACAUUUAAAAAAAAAGGAUUAUAAUAAAAUAGGAAUUUGUGAAAACGGAAAAAUAGGAUGCAAAAAAGAAAAUGAGUUUUCAUCUACUGAAUAUUAUAAUAAAGAUAAUUCUGAUGUAUUUUUCAAAAAUGAGACAUCAAAAUUUAUAGAUAACCAACCGUUAGAAUUUCAAGCGUUUGCUUAUUUAGAUAAUAAAAAAAAUGUUGAAAUAAAAGAUAUAAAUUUAUGUUUUUUAAAUAAAUAUUAUUUUGAGAACGAAAAUGAAAUAAACGUUUUAAAAUAUUCCAAUUUUAUUUAUUUUCAUAUUUUUAUUAUUUGUAUUACAUAUGGCUUUCAAACUAAAAUUAUUGGAGUAUGUAAAAACAGAGAAAAGAAAGAAAAAAAAAAGAAAAAAAAAAGAAAUAGUGAUUCUGAUGAAUUUUCUUCUUUAUAUGAUGAAGAUAACUAUAUAAACAACUAUUUAUUUAACGGAACAUUUACAAAAAAUAAACACAACGAAAUUUUAUUAUGUGAAUAUGAAAAUACAGAUAUAGAUAUUCAUAGCAAUACACUAUAUUUUAAUAUUUUGAAUAAUAACCCAUAUCUUAUACAAAUAACUAAUAAAAGCAUCAGAUUAUUAUGCUGUUUAUCAUUGAAAGCUGUUUAUGUUUUAAAAUUUAAUUUUAUUUAUAAAUUUUGCUUAUGUAAAGAUUAUUUAUAUAUAUAUUGUGAUAAUAGUAUAAAAAUAUAUACUGUUCGAAAUAAUAGUCUUAUAUUUUUAUACUCAUAUAAACUAAAACAAACGAUUAGUUCUAUGGUUAUUUAUAAAUGUAUAUUGGCUUGUGUUUUCAAUAAUAAAAAAGUUGUACUUUUUAAUAUAAAUAAAAAAAAGUUAAAAGAAUUUAAAAAAAGUGAAGACAUAGAAAAUUUGCAGAAUGUAAAUAUAUUUACUGAAGUUAACCAAUAUAAUCCUACUUGCUUUUUUUUCGUAUUUAUAAGUGAUAUUGAAUUAUUAGAAUUGAAUGAUAAUUUAUAUUUAUUUAUUGGUUAUAAUAAUGGAGAUAUAGAAUAUUUUUUAUUGUGCUCAUUUUAUAACAAUACUAAAUUAAAAAAUUGUAACAACUUUCAAAGUUAUAAUAGAAUUCAAUCAAACAAUAUAACAUAUGAUAACGACAUUGACAAUAAUAAUAAUAAUAGUAAUUUUUAUUUUGGUUAUAUAUCGGAAAAUAAUAGUAAUAAUUAUAAUAAAAUAAGAGAUAAAAAUUGUAAUUAUAAUUAUCAUUAUAACAAUGUUGAGACAAAUAAUUUUAUAAGUGAAACACAUUUCAAUACAAAAGACAUGAUUUCUAAUAAUAAAAAUAGAAAAAAAGAAAAUAGUAAUUUAUUUAAAUUGCAUAAAGAAUUUCUAAAAAAAAAAGAAGCUGCUUUAAAGUAUGUUUAUAAAAAUGAUAAAGUUCAAAAUAAUAAUAAUAAUAAUAAUUCAAAAUUUGGUUAUAAAACAAAAAUUACAGAUGAUAUAGAAAAAGAAAAAAAAAUAAAGAAAUCCAAAAGAAAAUUAUUAAAGUAUUUAUCAGAAAAUCAUACAAAUAUAUUUAAAUAUUUUGAUUUUUCUAAUUCAUCUUUUAAAAAUAUACACGAUUUGCAUAAAGCAUGUACAAAAAAUAAAAGGGAAGAAAUAUUAAUAGAUGUAAAUUCUUUUUAUAAUGUUAAUAUAGAAUCUGAUAAUUUUAUUAGUUUAGAAAAUUACCUGAAAUCAAGUAAAUAUGAUCAAGAAGAAAAAAUCAAAAAAAACAAUAAAAACCAAAUUUUAAACAAUGAAACAUAUUUGAAGAAUGCCUUAAAUGGUACAACUGAUAAUUUAGAAGAAAAUACUGAUUAUGGUAAUAUGAUUUUAAAAAAUGUAUGUAAUUACAACAAAAGUUCUAACAACAUGAAUUUAAUAAAAAAUAAAUUAAACAAAAUAUGUUCUGAUGAUAGCAGUAAUCAAAAAAAGGAAAGUAACAUUAAUAGUGAUAAUUUAUCAGACACUCUUUAUCAAGUAAAGGAGGAGAAAAAUUUUAAAAAAAAUAACGAAAUGAAAAUGAAUAAAAGAAAGGCAAAUUAUUUUUUUCAUUUUUUUCAAAUAUAUGGAAUAUCAUCUGAAGAAUCAUCAGAUAGUGAUAUAGUUAAUUUUUAUACGUUUAAAAGAUUUGGAGUUAAAAAGUAUAAAAAAGAAAAAAGGACAUGUUAUAAUAAAAAAGGAAAAUUAAAUGAGUUUGAUUUAGAGAAAGAGAUAAUUAAUGAAUCCUCUUUUAAUUUAUCAUCAAGCUCCAAUUUAGAAAAUAAUACAUAUUCGAACAGUGUUAUAAAAUAUAACAAUUAUAAUUCAGAAAAUGUAAGUGAAUUUGCUUUAUCUUCAUGCUUUCUUGAUACUGAAAAAAAAAUUAGUAAAAAGAAAAAAAAAAAUUUAUUAAAGAUCGAAAAGGAAAGCAUACAAAAAGAUUGUAAUUUAGAAAGUGAAAGAGUAAUUGACAACCCUUUAAAAAAAAAUGAAGAACUUGAAUCUUAUCGCAAUAAUAAAAGGAAAAGAGAAAAUACAACUAGUAGUUUUAAUGAUGAAAAAGGAAACAUUUAUAUGGAUGAACAUAAUAUAUUUGAAGAAAUGCAAAAUGAUAAUAUAAAAAAAGAAGAUUUAAAAAAAAAAAAAGAUAUGCUAAACGAUUUAUUUAACAAAAAACUAAAAGAACAAUGUGAUCACAUGUAUUUUCGUGAAAAUAAUGCAUGUUCUGAAAAACAUAGUAAUUCUGAUGAUCUUUCGUCAAAUGUAUCUUGUUUUGACAAUUUAAAUAAUAUAUUAUUUGAUGAUAAAAUAUAUCUAAAAAAAUACAUUUUGAAAAGUAAAAAAAUCCUAUUAACAAAUAGAAGGAAAAUAAAUGUGUGUAAAAAACCUAUAAAAUUUAAAAAAUUUGUUAAAGUUUUUUCAGAAAAAAAAAAAAUUGAUAUAAAUUUAAGUAAUGUUGUAAAAAAAUAUAAUUUUCUUUUUGUGUGCUGUGAAAAUCCAAUGAUUAUAUAUUCUAACUUAAAAAAAAAAAUAUCUUUUUCAAAAUUAUCUAUUAAAAAUAUUUAUUUAGUUGAUAUAUUUAAUGAUUUUAAUUAUCUUAACCCAUUUCAUAAUUUUAUUUCAUUUAAAAAAAAAAAUCAAAAUAAUUUCUACUUCAUUUUUUAUGAUGGUUUGAAGAUGUACAUAUCUCAUCUGAAUGAGAUUAAGAAUACAUUUUUGCAAAAAAUUCCAUUUUAUAGAACUGUAGAAAAAAUUGCAUAUCACCCAGAAACAGGUUUAUUAAUAACAGCUUGUCCUCCUGAAGAAAAGCAUAAAACAAAUCAGAUUAUGAAACAAAUAGUUUGUUUCUUUGAUCCAUUUCAGAAUUCUGUUAAAUACACCUAUAUAAUACCAUCAAAGUAUAAUGUUUCAAGCAUAUGUAUAUACGAAAUUAAUAAAGAUAUAUAUAAAAAUAAAAGUGUUAAUACUUUUAUUUUUGUUGGUACUGCUAAUGCUAAUGAAAAAAGUACUGAACCAUCAUCGGGUCAUAUUUAUGCUUUUGUUGCAAAAAAAAAAGUUAAUAUGUUUGAAAUUAAGCAUAUUUACACUUAUAAUAUUAAUUAUGGUGGUAUUACACAUUUGAAACAAUUUUAUGAUAAAUUAAUAGCUUCUAUAAAUAAUACGGUUGUUGUUUUGGACAUUAGUAACUUCCUAACAAAUUUAGAAAAAUAUUUAGAUUAUUCUAAUACUUCCAUUUUUGAGAAAGAUGACUCUAUUUUAGAAAUAGCUUCUUUUACACCAAGUUCAUGGAUAAUGAGUUUAGAUGUUUUAGAUAAUUAUAUUGUAGUUGGAGAUAUUAUGACAUCAGUAACCAUAUUAUCCUAUGAUUUUAAAAAUGCUGUAUUGAAUGAAGUUUGCAGAGACUAUUCUAGUGUUUGGUGCACUUCUGUUUGUGCUUUAUCAAAAAAUCACUUUUUAGUUUCAGACAUGGAUUGUAAUUUCCUUGUAUUACAAAAGUCAAAUAUUAAAUACAAUGACGAAGAUUCAUUUAAAUUAUCAGUUGUCUCAUUAUUUUAUCAUGGAAGUGUUAUUAAUAAAAUGCUGUCGUCUUCAUUAAGCAAUUUGAUUGAAGAGUAUGAAGAAAAUUUUAAAUAUUUUCAUUUCAUUUCCAUGUUUAUUCUUAUAUAUAUAUAUACUUACUUAUUCAUUUAUAGAGAAGAAAAUAGAAAUAGUAUUUUAUUAAAAAGAGAAGGAAUUUUAUGUGCAUCAAGUGAAGGAUCCAUCAGUGCCUUAAUCCCAUUUUCAAAUUUUUCUAAUUUUAAAAGAGCAUUAUGCAUAGAAAUUGCAUUAAAUGAUAAUAUAUCUUCAAUAGGAAAUUUAAGUCAUAGUUCAUAUAGAGAAUAUAAAGCUAGUUUUACAUCAAAAUUCUGCAAAGGUGUUGUUGAUGGAGAAUUAUUUAAAAUGUUUUUUUAUUUACCUUUUGAAAAGCAAUUUAAAACAUAUAUUUAUGCGAAAUGGAUUGCCAAGAAAUUAAAUUGUAAAUUUGGAAGUUUUGAAAAUUUUAUGCUAGAUUUAGAAAAUUUUUGUUCAUUUUUGUGA